AUGGCCCUCCAAGUUCCCAAGUUACGGGACCUUUUCCGUUUUGCUUUUUUUCUUUGCACGAAAGUCCCUCACUACCCAUCCUCGACCAGGGUAUGCAUAACUCGAGUGAAUCGUGAUCUUUACGGCCGUAUGUACCCGGUUUAUCUAGCUCUAUCGAAUGGUGCUACUAUUCGAAUUCGCUACAAGGAGCCACGACAUGUGCUUCAGUUGCCGCUGGAUCUAGACGAGUGCGAUGAGGAGGAACGGGCUCGGCGUCUGCUACGUCGGAAGCCGCGAGAGCGUUUGGAAUUGCAGGAGGACACGGGGUUCGAGGACUCCUUCGACCCGACUGCUUACGACUUCCUUUUGUCGAAGUCCAAGUCUAAGUAG